AUGUCCCUUGCUAAAGUAUUUUCUGUAUCAACGCGAGCUCGUGCUUCAGGAGCUAGUGGUUUGUUGUUCCGUCAUGCCCAGUACAGCACAUCGAACCAAGAGGGCAAAGUAGAAAAGGUUUACCCACCUAAUGUACCUGGAUACAAAUAUGUUAAUGCAGAAGAUCCUGAUAUGUCGUUCAAAGAAAUGUCCAAUAGGGCGGCUCAAACAAUUUUUUGGACAGAACUAGCCCGUGGUUUUGCUGUCACUCUAGCUCAUAUUUUCAAGGAGCCAGCAACAAUCAACUAUCCAUUUGAGAAAGGACCUCUUUCACCCAGAUUCCGAGGUGAACAUGCACUCCGUAGGUAUCCAUCUGGAGAGGAAAGGUGCAUUGCUUGCAAGCUCUGUGAGGCCAUUUGCCCAGCUCAGGCUAUUACCAUUGAAGCUGAGGAACGCAAAGAUGGCUCUCGCAGAACCACGCGUUACGACAUUGAUAUGACGAAAUGUAUAUACUGCGGUUUCUGUCAGGAAGCAUGUCCAGUCGACGCUAUAGUUGAAGGCCCAAACUUCGAGUUUUCAACAGAGACUCACGAAGAACUUCUAUAUAACAAGGAAAAAUUGCUUUUAAAUGGCGACAAGUGGGAGAGUGAGAUAGCCACUAACAUCAGAGCAGACCACCUAUACCGUUGA